GUCCAAGCCAACAUAAAACAAGCCCGCCCGUCAUUUUCGUCACCCCUGACGCUCGACGCCUCUCCUCCUCUCCUCCCCCACCCGUCCAUCGCCCCUCCCUCCGGUCUGCGCUCCCACAGCCUCACCCCUGCGCCCCCGCCGAUUCGCGUCGCCCUUUGUUGGAAGGAACGAUGGAGCAGACCUUCAUCAUGAUCAAGCCCGACGGCGUCCAGCGGGGCCUGAUCGGGGACAUCAUCAGUCGCUUCGAGAAGAAAGGGUUCUACCUCAAGGGGAUGAAGUUCAUGAACGUGGAGAGGUCCUUCGCGCAGCAGCACUACGCUGACCUUUCCGACAAGCCUUUCUUCCCCGGGUUGGUGGAGUACAUCAUUUCCGGCCCCGUGGUGGCGAUGGUGUGGGAGGGGAAGGACGUCGUGUUGACUGGCCGCAGGAUCAUUGGGGCCACCAGGCCUUGGGAGGCAGCCCCCGGUACCAUUCGUGGGGACUACGCCGUGGAAGUCGGCAGGAAUGUCAUCCAUGGAAGCGACUCCGUGGAGAACGGGAAGAAGGAGAUCGCUCUCUGGUUCCCUGAAGGUGUGGCACAGUGGAAGAGCAACCUUCAUCCCUGGAUCUACGAGGCUUGAGCAGUUGAGCUUGGAUGCCUUGCCUGCUUCCAUGGAAACCAGAGUUUUGUUUGAGUAUUAUCUGUUGGCUCUGGCUGAAGAGUCAUAAUUUAGCGCUCUGUGUGUUACACCAGAGUUAAGUCUGCCUGAACUUAUGUGGCAUUUGUUUGAGUUUCUACCUUCGUGCCCUGUUUUCUAAUGUACCGUGGUUGUGAACCGGUCAAUGUGAUCUGAAAUAAAACAUUGCGUGCCAAGUUUGUGUUACAAGUUUGAUGCACUGGGAAUGCCAGGCAACUAAUGUGGUAAUAAACAUUUUGCCAAUCUUUUUUUUUC